AUGGAUGAUUUAUGUCUUUCAUUUAAAUGUUGGACAAAUAUAGAUUGUUGUAACCAUAGGGACCAAAAAUGUAACUCAAGUUUUAAUGGAUGCGUGUGUGUAUGCCAGCAAAAAUGGUGCGAAUUUAAGUACAUAAUCCUGCUAUUGCCCCCAGUAUUAAACAAGGAUCGGUGGUGGUUUAUAGUAAUGUCAGUCCUGAUGUGGCCUCCACUUUUCCCUAUGCUUUUUCGACAGGAAAAUGUUAAGUUCCUAAGAUACUUAGGCAGGACUAAAAACCUUGAGUUCAGCAGAGUAAUUCAUGCUCCUUUCAUAGUGUCUGACCAGUGGUCUCAAGAUAAUACACCUGAUCUGAAUCUGAUUGAUGUUUACUCAAAAUGUGAAGCACUAGGAUCUGCACACCAUAAUGGGUUUGCUUUUGAAGUUGUUAGAUUGUUUAAAUCAAUGGUUUCAGAUCAUGAUGAGUCUUGCCUGCCUCCUAACGAGUAUAUAUCUGGAUUGGUGCUUUCGUCUUGUUUAAACAUUGGAUACCUUUCAUUAGGCAGGCAGUGUCAUGGGUACCUGUUGAAAUCUGGAUUAGUGUUCAAUCAGUACGUGAAAGCUGCACUUGUAAGCUUGUAUUCCAUGUUGCCGGACGUGGUAGGUGCUAUGGAGGUUUUACUUUGUAACCCAGUUGGAUUGCAAUUGGAUAAUAAUCUGAUCUUGGAUGGACUUGUUGAGAAAGGUUACUUGGGUGAGGCAUUGAUUAUCUUAAGGAGGAGAAUAUUGGCUGAAAAUAUGGCAUGGGACAAUGCUACUUAUAUUGGUAUUUUUGGUCUUUGUGCUCGGCUUAAAGAUUUGAACUUGGGGCGUCAAGUUCACAACAAGCUUUUAAAGAGCUGUGAUGUUGAGUCUGAUGAGUCUGUAUGCAAUGUAGUGAUCAAUAUGUAUGGGAAAUGUAAAGAGAUUGUAAGUGCUAGAAAAGUUUUUGACAGGUUUGAAUCUCGAAACGUGGUUAUAUGGACAACAAUGUUGGCUUCUUACUUGGAGCAUGGGUCUUUCGAAGAGUCGUUAAAAUUGUUUUCAGAAAUGCGACAUAAGGAUGUUGUCCCAAAUGAAUCUACAUUUUUUGUUCUACUCACUGUUAGUUCAAAGUUAUUCUCUAGGAGAUGCGGGAAGUUGUUACAUGCACUUUCAGUGAAGACUGGAUUCAAUGGUCAUAAGAAUGUCGAGAAUACCUUGAUUGACAUGUACUCUAGGACUGGCGACAUUAAAGCUGCAGAAAAGGUGUUUUUAGAUAUGACUAAUUAUCGUGAUAUUGUAACCUGGAAUAUGAUGAUAUGCGGAUACUCCCUUCAUGGUUUUGGUAACGAGUCUUUGGCUUUGUUUAAAAAAAUGUUGAAAUCAGGGGAGGAUCCUAAUUAUGAGACUUUUGUUGGUGUUCUUAAUGCCAGUGGACAUGUGGAAGAAGGGUUGUACUAUUUGUAUGAGUUAAUGAAACAGAAGGGUGUGAAACCUGGUUUAGAGCACUAUAUGUGUAUCAUUAAUAUGCUAAUCAAGGGUGGACGACUAAAGGAAGCUUUAAGUUUCAUUGUAUCAACACCAAGUAAAUGGGAUGCCUUUGCUUGGAGUACCUUUCUCACUGGUUGUCAUGCUCAUGGAAACUAUACUCUAGGCAUCCGAGCUGCAGAGUUGAUCCCUGAUGACAUGGCAACUAAGGUGAGCAAGUGUUGUGGAGUCGCACAAGUGCGUGAAGUGAUGGAAAUAAGGGGAGAGCGCGGGUGUAGCUGGAUGGAAAUCAAGGAUAAAACAUAUGUGUUUGCUUCGGUACACAAGGGGGAUGGAGAUCAAAAAUUUGUUGAGGGUCAUAAAAUGAUGAAGGUUCUUCUUAGUUGUCUUCAAUUUUUUUUAAAGGAGCCUGAUGCUUAUGUUGAGGAUAAAUUGAAGGGAGAUUAUGAUAGUUAUCACAGCGAAGCACUUGCGAUAGCUUAUGCCAUAUUUGAGACACAUGACAUGGCACCGAUCUGUAUCAUAAAGGCCUCGGGAAGGAUAUGUAGCGGUUGCCACCAUCUUAUGAAAUUAACCUCAAAAGUCUCAAAAAGGCUGAUAACGGUGAGAGACGCCUACCAUUUCCAUAACUUCCAAGAUGGACAUUGCUCCUGUGCAGAUUAUUGGUGAUUUCAUAUGAGCACCAACUUCAACUUGCAUGCACCCAAUAGACCCUCCCUCUUACAGGCAGGUGUAAUGAGGAAAAAGGUUAGGUUGAGGCUUACUAUGGAAGGAGUGGAGUUUCACGUCUUUAUUUAUAGUUGAUAGAUAAGACUAAUAUUCGCGAUUUUUUUUUUUUUGCACUUUUAAUAAAAUUCUUGAUGAUCUGAGGAUGUUUAUGUUAUUAUUAUCCCCUUGAUGAUUUUAGAUUUAGUUUUAAUUAUAUGCUAGCUUCCUCAUUUGAUGGUGCUUA